UUUCUCUCUCUCACUCGGGUUUCGCUCCCGAGAGCGGCCCGGAGGCAGCCGUCGAGCCGUGUUCUGCGCGCCCGCCCCCUUCCUCCGCCCCUCCCAGCGCUCGGGUCUCCAGCCGGCGGAGAUGAGGCUGCGGCGGCCGCGGCUCCGGCAGCCCCGGCGGUGGCUGCGGUGGGGGCGGCCGGAACCCGGGCCUUGAGGCGCGGCGGCGGCGGAGGAGGCAGCGCUGCCCCGGCCGCUGCACGGGCUCCCCUUCCUCUUUAGCGCAGUCAGGAAGUUUGGCGCCCUGUGCAGUGCAUGUGUGCGCGUGAGUGUGGGUGUGCGCGGCCAGCUCGGGUAGCGUUUCUUCAGGCGCUGGGCUUUUUUGCCCGCGUCACUUCCCGUAAGCCAGCCGCCGCGGAGCUUGGGCUGUGGCCGGAGGAGGGGGCGCGGCGGCGGGCGCUCUCCUUUUGUUGUUGUUUCCUCUGCUUGGAAAGCUGCAAGGGGACGCGCCUGGGUGGGGCGGCUCGCAGCCCGGGCCUGGUGGCCCCCGGGGCUCCCGGGCGGCCGGGGUAGCUAGAGGAGAGCGGGCUUCAACAUGAUGGCGGCUGAGGCCGGCAGUGAGGAAGGCGGCCCGGCCACCGCGGGGGCCGGAGGAGGCGCGGCCGCGGGCUCCAGUGCCUACCCGGCGGCAUGCCGGGUGAAGUUACCCGCGGUCCUGCCGGUGGCCGCCGCCCCCUGCCCAGGCCUGGUGGACACCGACCUGGCUGCGGCCCUGGGCGGUGGAGCCGCGUUGGGGUCCGGGUUCCUUGGGACGGGGCCAGUGGCGGGUGUCCUGGGGGGCGCCGCGCUGCCCGGCGGUGCUGCUGCUGGCGUGGUGGGUGCUGCUGCUGGCGUGGUGGGGGCAGCAGCCGGUCCUGCCGGAGAUGUUGCUUUCACCAAGGGGACUCUGUCGUUGGCUGCUGAGACCCUCGGGCCGGGUGGCGGGUUCCCUCCUCUGCCGCCGCCUCCUCUGCUGCCCCCUUUGGGCUCCGGCCUGGGGACGGUGGAUGAAGGUGACUCCCUGGAUGGACCAGAAUAUGAGGAGGAAGAGGUGGCCAUACCGCUGACCGCACCUCCAACUAACCAGUGGUAUCAUGGAAAACUCGAUAGAACUAUAGCAGAAGAACGCCUCAGGCAGGCAGGAAAAUCUGGAAGCUACCUUAUAAGAGAGAGUGAUCGGAGGCCUGGGUCCUUUGUACUUUCAUUUCUUAGCCAGACAAAUGUCGUCAACCAUUUUAGGAUUAUUGCUAUGUGUGGAGAUUAUUACAUUGGUGGAAGGCGUUUUUCUUCACUCUCAGACCUAAUAGGUUAUUACAGUCAUGUUUCUUGUUUACUUAAAGGAGAAAAAUUACUCUAUCCAGUUGCACCACCAGAGCCAGUAGAAGAUAGAAGACGUGUUCGAGCCAUUCUACCCUAUACAAAAGUACCAGAGACUGAUGAAAUAAGUUUCUUAAAAGGAGAUAUGUUCAUUGUUCACAAUGAAUUAGAAGAUGGAUGGAUGUGGGUUACAAAUCUAAGAACAGAUGAACAAGGCCUUAUUGUUGAAGACCUAGUAGAAGAGGUGGGCCGGGAAGAAGAUCCACAUGAAGGCAAAAUAUGGUUCCAUGGGAAGAUUUCCAAACAAGAAGCUUAUAAUUUAUUAAUGACAGUUGGCCAGGUCUGCAGCUUUCUUGUGAGGCCUUCAGAUAAUACUCCUGGUGAUUAUUCCCUGUAUUUUCGGACCAAUGAAAAUAUUCAGCGAUUUAAAAUUUGUCCAACACCUAAUAACCAGUUUAUGAUGGGAGGCCGAUAUUAUAACAGUAUUGGGGACAUCAUAGAUCACUACCGGAAAGAACAGAUUGUUGAAGGCUAUUAUCUUAAGGAGCCUGUACCAAUGCAGGAUCAAGAACAAGUACUCAAUGAUACUGUCGAUGGAAAGGAAAUCUAUAAUACAAUUCGUCGUAAAACAAAGGAUGCCUUUUAUAAAAACAUUGUUAAGAAAGGUUACCUUCUGAAGAAGAGCAAAGGAAAACGCUGGAAAAAUUUAUAUUUUAUCUUAGAGGGCAGUGAUGCCCAACUUAUUUAUUUUGAAAGUGAAAAACGAGCUACAAAACCAAAAGGGUUAAUAGAUCUCAGUGUGUGUUCUGUCUACGUUGUCCAUGAUAGUCUAUUUGGCAGGCCAAACUGUUUUCAGAUAGUAGUUCAACACUUUAGUGAAGAACAUUACAUCUUUUACUUUGCAGGAGAAACUCCAGAACAAGCAGAGGAUUGGAUGAAAGGUUUGCAAGCAUUUUGCAGUUUACGAAAAAGUAGCCCAGGGACAUCUAAUAAACGUCUUCGUCAGGUCAGCAGCCUUGUUUUACAUAUUGAAGAAGCCCACAAGCUCCCAGUAAAACACUUUACUAAUCCAUAUUGUAACAUCUACCUGAAUAGCGUCCAAGUAGCAAAAACUCAUGCAAGGGAGGGGCAAAACCCAGUAUGGUCAGAGGAGUUUGUCUUUGAUGAUCUUCCUCCUGACAUCAAUAGAUUUGAAAUCACGCUUAGUAAUAAAACAAAGAAAAGCAAAGAUCCAGAUAUCUUAUUUAUGCGUUGCCAGUUGAGCAGGUUACAGAAAGGACAUGCCACAGAUGAAUGGUUUCUGCUCAGCUCCCAUAUACCACUAAAAGGUAUUGAACCAGGAUCCCUGCGUGUUCGAGCACGAUACUCGAUGGAAAAAAUCAUGCCAGAAGAAGAAUACAGUGAAUUUAAAGAGCUUAUACUACAAAAGGAACUUCAUGUAGUCUAUGCUUUAUCACAUGUAUGUGGACAAGACCGAACACUACUUGCCAGCAUCCUACUGAAGAUUUUUCUUCAUGAAAAGCUUGAAUCAUUGUUGUUAUGCACACUAAAUGACAGAGAGAUAAGUAUGGAAGAUGAAGCCACUACCCUAUUUCGAGCUACAACACUUGCUAGUACCUUGAUGGAGCAGUAUAUGAAAGCCACUGCCACACAAUUUGUUCAUCAUGCUCUGAAAGACUCCAUUUUAAAAAUAAUGGAAAGCAAGCAAUCAUGUGAGUUAAGUCCAUCAAAGUUAGAAAAGAAUGAAGAUGUGAACACUAAUUUAGCACACCUAUUGAACAUACUUUCAGAGCUUGUGGAGAAAAUAUUCAUGGCUUCAGAAAUACUCCCACCGACACUGAGAUAUAUUUAUGGGUGUCUGCAGAAAUCUGUUCAGCGUAAGUGGCCUACAAAUAACACCAUGAGAACAAGAGUUGUUAGUGGUUUUGUUUUUCUUCGGCUUAUCUGCCCUGCUAUCCUGAGUCCACGGAUGUUUAAUAUCAUUUCAGAUUCCCCAUCUCCUAUUGCUGCAAGAACACUGACAUUAGUGGCUAAGUCUGUGCAGAAUUUAGCAAACCUUGUGGAAUUUGGAGCUAAGGAACCUUAUAUGGAAGGUGUUAAUCCAUUCAUCAAAAGCAAUAAACAUCGCAUGAUCAUGUUUUUAGAUGAACUUGGGAAUGUACCUGAACUUCCGGACACUACAGAACAUUCUAGAACUGACCUGUCUCGUGACUUAGCAGCCCUGCAUGAGAUUUGUGUAGCUCAUUCAGAUGAACUGAGAACACUCAGUAAUGAGCGUGGUGCACAGCAGCAUGUACUGAAAAAACUUCUGGCUAUAACAGAACUGCUUCAACAAAAACAAAACCAGUAUACAAAAACCAAUGAUGUCAGGUAGCAGCCUGGUGUUCUGCAUGGAUCAGCACCCCAACAUGGGAAUUCACAUCACUAUGUCUCCUUUGCUCUUGCCAAAAAAUAAAUAAAAAAAAAAAAGAGAAAGAAAAAAAUUAGCACACCUUUCCACAUUCCAGUGAUGUGUAAGCUAUGCAAACAAAAACCCAAGAUUCUGCUGGCUAGUAACUGCCAGCACCUUUGUAAGCUAUCUGUGCAGAAUAUUUGCACUUUUUCCACAUGGAAUCUUUACCAAACUCUGAGCCUUGGUGUACAGUUCAACUUUCACAAUAAAGAAAAAAAGCUAUGUCUUGAACUUUGAGAAUAUAUUUUCAAUAUAUCCAAUUGCCAAAGUUUUGUUGUCUUUUGGAAAACGAACUAUGAAAUCAACUGACAAGAAAACGCAUUCUAUUGACAACAGAAUUUAACUGGAUUGCAGACUGUUCUUACUUCUUAUGAAUAUGACCAUUUGACUGUUCACUGAAUUUAUUUGUAUUUACAGUUUCCAGAGUUUGACAUUAUAAUAGGAACAAUCUUGCUGUAUACUUUUUAAAAAUACUGUGCUAUUCUUCCUGGAACUGUUGAAAGACAAUAUAUAGAAUGGAUGAUGAAUAUAUGCUCAUCAGCUUUAUUUUUUAAACAUACCACUUAUUUUGUUGGAAUUGUCAAAGACUGUAUUUAGAUUUCAUGGUUUUGUUAAAAUGUUUACAACAAGUAAAUAGUUUAAAUUCAAUAAAUAUUAUUGGUCAUUGUACCAAUCAAUGCAUGUUACCCAUUUGACCAUUUUAUAAAUUACUGAUGUCUUUUAUGUUUAGACAAACUGCUAGAAUACUUGUGUCUAUCCUAAGAUUUUUUUUUUUUGUUACUGUAUUAUGCAGACAACCUCAUCAACCACUUAACAACUUAUACAUCUUUGAACUUCUUGUACGUGUUUUACUGCUGGAUAAUUUAGUUUGUAUAGUUCAUCUGUUCUUAUGUUUGUAUUUUUUGUGAAGUAUCCACAGGGUUAAGUUAAAAUAAACCAAGGGAUAGCUUGCAUAAUUAAUCAUCUUACUAUUUAACUUCAUUCUAAUUUUCUUUCUGCUUAGGGAUAGUUCAAGCUUUAAUAUCAGAAUAAAGCCCAGGAGGAUUUUUAUUGUUUCUUUCACAAAGGAUUUUAUUUAUUCACUCAGUGUACAACUUGUUAAGCAAUGUGUCUUGUGCUGAAGACUUAAAAAAAAAAAAAAACAAUAUGUAUCAGACUGUCCUUAGUAAUCAAAAUAGGUUCCUGUUUGUUUAAAAAGAACCACCAAGGAAGGUAUUAAUAAAAUGUUCCCUCAAUAAAAAUGUUUUCCUGAAGGCCUAGAUUCCAAAAAUAUUUGAUUGCAUUCCUCAGAGAUACUGUAUAUAGUGAAAGGUUAAAUAAUCAAGGGUUUAUUUCCCUUUGGUGAGGAACAAAUUGAAGAGGCCUCAAUGUAUUCUUUCGAAAGGUGUUAAAUACUACCAUUGAGAGAUUUCCCUGGCUUAAAUAUGGAUCUGAAUGUAGCCAUAAAGCUAAAUUACUGCCCUUAUUUAGCUUCAGCCAGAUUAACUGGGAAAAAAAAAACAAAAAAAACCCAAAAUCACAGACUGUGUUUUGCUUUGUAAUCAAUGCAGUCCCUUUCUCUCCAUAAUCCAUUAUAGUUUCUGUUCUUAUUGGCUGCACUAUGACCGUAACUCAUCUUAUUUCCUUGGUUUGCAAGGUGGAAGGGCUACAGACUGUUUAAUGUAGAUAAGGACUUUCAAAGAUAGGUCAAGGUCCAAACUCUAUUUUAAAGCAUUUUAGUUUAUCCUCACUAAUUGUACUUGACUGUUCAGCCAUGAUGGCCUAUCUGCCAUUCCUGACAUGCUUCUCCUUUUUAACCGUUUAUUUUUAAAGAAAUCUGAAAGAUUUAUCCUUAUUUUUGUGUUUUACUGACAUGUUCAUGUCUUAAAUUGGAGUGGGAAGCUUGUUUCUUACCUUCAUGGGCCCUGUAGUAGCUAGGUGAUUAGUGGCGAAAUUAUACCUUUGAAACUUUUUUUUUUAAACUGGGGCUGGGUAGAAAAUUUUCAGAGGUAUAUAUGAACCCUGCUUUGGUGUCAAACUUUAGUGUUCUAAAAGAAAAACAGAAGACACACUGAGCAUCUGCAGUUCUGUCUAUAGUCUAUCAUGUUGAUUAACUUGAACUAUACUUGGGUGUAUAUGCUUUGGUUUUUAGUCUAUUAAAAAGCAUUACAUUUUAUCAGUUUUACUCCAGAACAAGAAAGAAAACAGCAGAAACUCAAGCCAUACAAGUAAUUAUUAGAGAUGAACAUGAGCAUAAAUCACCAUAUUUUAGACAGAACUAAAAUGCUACCUACCCUCUUGGGAAAUGUAUCCUUGAGUAUGUAAAGCUGGGUAGAUUUACAUUUGAAGUAGCUGAGUUUCAUAGUUUCUUCAAGAGAGUUUUCGUGGGGGGAGGGGAGUAGAGAAAAAGCCAAAAAACAGAAACCAAAACAAAACACUGGCCUAAUAAACACAUACCUAUCUGUACUUUGGUCCUAAGGUAAUAUCUACUACUUGCUAAACUACGACAGUGUUAACAAACAACAAAUACAUGCACUGCUGUGGGUAGGCCUUCCAGGAGUAGGCAUCAUGAUCAUCUCCAUUUUCUACUUGCUAGACUAGUACACUGAGGUAUAAUUCAUGAAAGUCACAGAAAAACAAAGGUAUAUCUAAAUAAUGUAAUUCCAUGUUGUGGGUUUUUAUAUUAUUUCAUUUUUAAGCUUUUGAAUAUUUCAUUUACAAAUUUCUAGUGACAGUAAUGCCUUUUUAUAUGGAUUCACUUAUAAAUCAUUUAAUGAUAAAACUGACUAUAAUUUGCUAUAACUUACCUGUGGUUACUUAAGAUUUUUAUCUAGACUCAAAAAUUUUAUUUUAUUUAAACCCAGAUGUCAGUAACUUAAGUUAUUUAACUUAGAAUAAGGUUUAGCACCUAAGCACUAAAUAACUGCCCAAUACUCUCUAUAUCUCACAGUAAUUCAUAAAUAGUUCAGUCUAUUGAAGAAACAUUUUGAAAAGCCAGUUGUAAGACCUUCUGGAGAAUGAAAACUAUUUCCUUAGCACUUCUAAAAUUUACUGUUACUAAGUUUGGUUUUUCUGAAUUUCUUCUAAAUGGAUAGGUUUGUUUAAUCACAUUUUGUUCAAAACAGCAUAAGGAAGCGCACCACAGUACGACUUUGGCCACCAUAGAGGGCAUUUUGCUACUAAUCUUAGUUAUGAUUAUCCAAAAUAAAUGGUGUUCAGGCUCUUUUGAAGUUAUAUUUUAUAUAAAGCAAUCACAAACAAAAACUAUAAUUAGAAAGGUUUAAUAUAUUUUGACGUUUUCACAUUGUACUAAAAAGAAAGUUAAAUGUCACACAUGCUUCCUACUUCUGUUGCUUAGGACUGCCGUAGUCAUUUCAGAUGGUUAGAGAGAAUCUACCAGGUCAUCAUCAGUCCAUUCCUCCUAAGGGGGAAAAAAUGUGGUAAGGGUACCAUUGAAUUAGUGAGCCAGUUUUUCUUUUUACUUCCCUUUAAGAAAAUGCUGAUUGACAACAGUCUACUGUAGAUUUAUUUAUUUGUUUAUUUAUUUAUUUUUUGAGACCUCUUGGGGCUGCAGCCAGCCUCCCAAGGACUAGGACUGCAGGAGUGUGCUACUAAGUUCAGCUCCUGACUUAUGACAGGACUCGGCCACCCACUCUAAGCAGGAGUUCUAUGAAGGCUAUCCUUUUGCCUCUCCUUAUUUAUCUUUGACUUUCAGAGACAAUUUUAAAAACUGCGGUAAGGCAAGGGGGAAGAAUCCUUUGAGAAUAAGAGAUUAAAUUUAGCACCACUGCCUUCUAACAUAGGAAGGACUCUUCAAAUUUUAGAACUGGCUCAUACAGUAGUGUAAAAAAACCAAAUCCCUUAAAAAAAAAAAAAAGCCAGCCAAUGUCCUGCUUCUUGGUCAGCACCCUGUAAACAAGCAACUGCCGCAAGUGCUCUCGCCCUCUGCCUUACCUUCCCUGCUGUGGAUUCUAACCAUCCUGACUGGUACCCAAAAUAAAUCUUUCAAAUAAAGUUUAUUUUCUUUUUGG